AUGGCCAACCCUCCGCAUGGUGGUGUGUUGAAAGACCUGGUCGCUCGCGAUGCCCCCCGUCGAGCCCAGCUGGCCGCAGAGGCCGAGAAGCUGCCCGCCGUCGUCCUCAACGAUCGCCAGCUGUGCGACAUCGAGCUGAUCAUGAACGGCGGCUUCUCCCCCCUCGAGGGCUUCAUGAAUGAGAAGGACUACAACGGAGUGGUGGAGAAGAACCGGCUAGCCGACGGCAACCUCUUCUCCAUGCCCAUCUGCCUCGACUUGGACAAGGAGGAUAUUGACGAGCUGGGCAUUGCGGCCGGCAAGCGCAUCACCCUGCGUGACUCCCGUGACGACCGCAACAUCGCCAUCAUGACCGUCGACGACAUCUACCAUCCCGACAAGAAGAAGGAGGCCAAGGAGGUGUUUGGUGGAGACCCCGACCACCCGGCCGUCAAGUACCUCUUCAAGGUCUCUGGCGACUACUACGUCGGAGGCAAGAUCGAGGCCAUUGACCGUCUCAUGCACUACGACUAUGUUGGCCUCCGCUACACCCCCGCCGAGCUGCGUCUGCACUUUGACAAGCUCGGCUGGUCUCGUGUCGUGGCAUUCCAGACCAGAAAUCCCAUGCACCGUGCCCAUCGUGAGCUGACGGUGCGUGCCGCGCGCCAGCGUCAAGCCAACGUCCUCAUCCACCCGGUCGUCGGCAUGACGAAGCCCGGCGACAUCGACCACUUCACCCGCGUGCGCGUCUACCAAGCCCUCCUCCCCCGCUACCCCAACGGAAUGGCCGUCUUGGGCCUCCUCCCCCUCGCCAUGCGCAUGGGCGGACCCCGCGAAGCCAUCUGGCACGCCAUCAUCCGCAAGAACCACGGAGCAACGCACUUCAUCAUCGGCCGUGAUCACGCCGGACCUGGUAAGAACAGCAAGGGCGAGGAGAUCUACGGGCCCUACGACGCCCAGUACGCCGUGGAGAAGUACCGCGACGAGCUGGGCAUCGAGGUCGUGCCCUUCCAGCAAAUGACCUACCUGCCCGAGAGCGACGAGUACAAGCCGAAAGACGAAGUGCCCAAGGAGAUCAAGACGCUCGACAUCUCCGGCACGGAGCUGCGCCGCCGCCUGCGCACCGGCGGCGACAUCCCGGAGUGGUUCUCCUACCCGGAAGUCGUGCGCGUGCUGCGCGAGUCCCACCCGCCGCGCAACCAGCAAGGCUUCACCGUCUUCCUGACGGGCUACAGCAACUCGGGCAAGGACGCGAUCGCGCGCGCCCUCAACGUCACGCUAAACCAGCAAGGCGGCCGCGCCGUCUCCCUUCUCCUCGGCGAGACGGUGCGCAGCGAGCUCUCGACCGAGCUGGGCUUCAGCCGCGAAGACCGCGACAUGAACAUCCAGCGCAUCGGCUUCGUCGCGUCGGAGCUGACGAAAGCCGGCGCCGCCGUCAUCGCCGCGCCCAUUGCGCCCUUUGCCGACUCGCGCAAGGCCGCGCGCGAAAUCGUCGAGAAGCACGGCUCCUUCUACCUCAUCCACGUCGCCACGCCGCUCGAGUACUGCGAGAAGACGGACAAGCGCGGCGUGUACGCCGCGGCGCGCGCGGGCAAGAUCAAGGGCUUCACGGGCGUCGACGACCCGUAUGAGAUGCCCAAGGACAAGGAGGCGGAUUUGGUGGUGGAUUUGAGCGUCAUUAAUGUGCGGACGGCGGUGCAUCAGAUUGUGCUGAUGUUGGAGUCGGAGGGCUUGUUGGAUCAAUUGUAG